UGCCAGCUUACCGGGAUAAUGAGUAUCCAGUGUUCCUCAUAGCAACAGGAUCUGGCCUGGUCUUCCUCAUCCUCAUCAUCAUCAUCCUCAUCAUCAUCAUUAUCUACCAGAGGAGGAGAAUGAAGACUGCAAAACCUAUUGAGAAUCCACAGAGAACUGCACAGACCACCAGGACAGAUGUUGGAGGGAGCCAACAGAUGUACGAGACCGUGGAACUGCCAAGUGGGGGUGCUGAUAAUACAUACUGCGCACUUGGAAUGACCCAAGUGAGAGAUGACGAUCCAAUUUACAUCUAUGGCAACCUUGGAUUUGAAGAUGAAGCAAACACACGCCAAGAGACUGGAACUGCUUCGGGCCAAUCCUACGGUGACAUCCAGCUUGAAACGAGCAAUAACAUACGAAAACAAAGAGCAAAAGACAAGAAAGUAUAACCAACCAAAGCACAGAAAUACGACGACGAGCCAACCUAUCAAAACUCCGUCGUCAGGAACUAGUCGUUUUCAUAACUAAGGAUACUGACAUCAUCACUUGACUUGGACACAUAUCUGCAUUAGCGAUGUAUGUUAGCAUGUGCAUGCCUAUCUGCUAUGUUUACCAUAGUUGGCCCGAUGCCUAUAAAAGUAGCCCCAUCAUUGCAGUUUGGCUGUACCUAAUUGGCUUCUGUCCCGUUAAUCUCACAGAGUCGCCAUCUUAUUGUUAUCAUCUGACAUUAUAUUGAUUUCUUGUAUGUACUCUAUAUAAUGACUCAUUACUCUAUAUGAUGACUCAUUACGCUAUAUGAUGACUCAUUACUCUAUA